CGGAGACUUUUCCAGCACCAAUAAUCGUAGACUCUCUUGUAGUCGCCCACCACUAUUAUCACCUUCCUAAAAGCAACUUCCUCAGAUGCCUGCUCCAGUCCAGCAUAGCCAUCAUAUAUUCAUAUUCUCUCCAGCUCUUUAAUGGCUUCCUCAACAAACUUUUUCUUUCGUCUCUGCCUUUUCAUUUCCCUAGCCUUAGCAGAGACUCACGCAGCCACCUUCGAUAUCACUAACAACUGCAAUUUCACAGUCUGGGCUGCAGCCAUCCCUGGAGGUGGCCGCCGGCUAGACCAAGGCGAGACUUGGAGCAUCAACGUGAGAUCAGGCUCGACACUUGGCCGGUUUUGGGGUCGAACCAACUGCAACUUCGAUGAAAAGGGGCGCGGCCAUUGUCAGACCGGGGACUGCGAUGGUCUACUUGAAUGCAAAGGCUAUGGGACACCCCCAAACACCCUUGCCGAAUACGCCCUGAAACAGUUCAGCGAUCUGGACUUCUACGACAUCUCCCUCGUCGAUGGCUUCAACGUCGCAAUGGAGUUUACUCCAACCACCGGAAAUUGCCGUGGACUUAAAUGUACGGCUGAUAUCAACCAGCAGUGUCCGACGGAGUUGAAGGCCCCCGGAGGAUGCAACAAUCCAUGCAGAGUGUUCAAUACAAGUGAGUAUUGUUGCACUAGUGGUAACUGCAAUCCAACCACGUACUCAAAGUUCUUCAAACAGAGGUGCCCUGAUGCGUAUAGUUAUCCCAAGGAUGAUCAAACCUCCACUUUCACAUGUCCUAGCGGUACUGAUUACAGGGUAGCGUUUUGUCCCUGCAGCUGCUCCUGGUUUGAUGAAAUGGCUGAUUAUGUAGCCGGGGAUGGCACAUCAUAUAAAGUUAAUGUCUUCCAAUCUGAAUAGAACCUUCGUAGCCUAAAGCCCCUGUGAUGUGCAAAUUCUCAGCUUUUAUGAGCUUAUUCCUAUCCAUUCCAAUAAUAUGAGCAAUGAACAAGUACUCCGCAUCUGUGCUUUCCCUUCCCCAGAAUGGAGUCAUAAAAUAUUAUUUUAUACGAUAUCAUAUAUAUAAAGAUAAGAUGAAAGGUGAACCAAAACACAUCCAAUUUGUAAACCCUUCGAGAUUACACAUACCAUACUCAUCCAUCAAAUACAAUGAUUUACUGAAAUAAAACCCUUCUUUUUUUUUUAUUUACUUAUUUAUUCUUUCCAAUAAAACCCUUCUAUA